GAAGUGUAGUUGAGCUGUUGUGUGUUUGUGUCUCUGUAUUCAUGCAGUAAAAUGGCAGAAGCCAGAUUUUCUCAGGAUGAGUUCAUGUGUCCAGUGUGUCUGGAUCUCCUGAAGGAUCCAGUGACCAUCCAGUGUGGACACAGUUACUGUAAGAGCUGUAUUACAGGCUGCUGGGAUCAGGAGGAUCAGAAGAGAGUCUACAGCUGCCCUCAGUGCAGACAGACCUUCAGUCCAAGACCUGCUUUAGCUAGAAACACCAUGCUGACUGAACUGGUGGAGAAACUGAAGAAGACCAAACUACCUGCUGACUGUGACGCUGGAGCUGGAGAUGUGCAGUGUGCCGUCUGUACUGGAAGAAAAUACAAAGCCAUCAAGUCCUGUCUGGUGUGUCAGGAAUCUUACUGUCAAACUCAUUUUAACCAUCAUGAGGAAUUUCAUUCAUAUAAGCCACACAAAGUGAUUGAUGCCACUGGACGACUGCAGGAGAUGAUCUGCCAGAAACAUGAGAAACAUCUGGAAAUGUACUGUAUUACUGACCAACAAUGCAUUUGUGUUCUGUGUACAAAAUAUGAACAUAAAAACCAUGACACUGUAUCAGCUGAAGCACAGAGGACAGAGAAACAGAAACAGCUGAAGGAGACGCAGAAGACGUUCCAGCAGAGAAUCCAGCAGAGAGAGAAAGAUCUCCAGCAGCUGAGAGAGGCUGUGGAGUCUCAUAAGCGCUCUGCACAGACAGCAGUGGAGGACAGUGAGAAGAUCUUUACUAAGCUCAUCCGCUCCAUUAAGAGAAGCCGCUUGGAGCUCAUACGGCUGAUCAGAGAUCAGGAAAAGCAAGCAGUGAGUCGAGCUGAAGAACGACUAGAGCGACUGGAGCAGGAGAUCAAUGAUCUGAGGAGGAGAGAUGCUGAGCUGGAGCAGCUUUCACACACACAGGAUCACAUCCAGUUCCUGCAGAGUUUCCAGUCUCUCUCAGCACCUCCUGAAUCUACAGACAUAAAUGACGAUCCCAUCAUUUCUCUCUUCUCUUUUGAUGAUCUGAGAGAAUCUGUCCAUCAGCUGAGAGACAAACUGGAGGAUUUCUGCAAAGAGGAGCUCAAGAAGAUCUCAGACAGAGUCACAUUCGCCAACAUUGUUCCCAGGACCAGGAACGACUUCCUACAAUAUUCCCAUCAGCUCACUCUGGAUCUGAACACAGUGAAUAAACAACUCCAUCUGUCUGAGAGCAACAGUGUGAUUACCAACACUGGCACAGUUCAGUCAUAUCCUGAUCAUCCAGACAGAUUUGAUGGUGUGUGUCAGGUGUUGUGUAGAGAGAGUGUGUGUGGACGCUGUUACUGGGAGCUGGAGUGGAGUGGAGAUAAUGGUGUGUUAAUAUCAGUGUCAUAUAAGAGCAUCAGCAGGAAGGGAGGUGUUGAGUGUUUGUUUGGAUCUAAUGAUCAGUCCUGGAGUUUGUACUGCACUCCCUCCAGAUACUCAUUCAUACACAAUAACAUACGGAUUGCUCUCCAGGGAAAGCCCAUCAGCAGUAGAAUAGGAGUGUUUGUGGAUCACAGUGCAGGAACUCUGUCCUUCUUCAGCGUCUCUGACACAAUGAGCCUCAUCCACACAGUCCAGACCACAUUCACUCAGCCGCUCUAUCCUGGGUUUUUUGUUUCUAUUGGAUCAUCAGUGAAACUGUGUUGAUGAAUCAGAAUUAUCUGACGAUAGAUUCUACCCAUAAUGCUUUGAGCUGCAUAAAUCAGUAACAGUGAGAGGCGCUUCAUUGCAUUACAUGCACAGCAGUUAAUUUCACAUUCAAAAUGCAGUAAAACUACCAAAAAACCUCAUACCCAUCUGAAAUUAAGCCAUUCUUUCCUAACAUUAAGACAUUUUGUCAACCAACAGUUACAGCGAGUUAAAUAAGUCACCUUUAUUUAUAUUUAUAUAGUCACCUUUAUUUAUAAAGCGCUUUUAACAAUACAGAUUGUGUCAAAGCACUUAACAGUAUCAAAUUGGAGGACAGAGUGUCAGUAAUGUAUAAUGAUAAGAUUAAACACUCAAUUUUCAGUUAAAGGCAUUUCAUUAUUGAAUUCAGAGAUGUCAUUGUCUAGCUCAGUUUAGUUUAAAUAGUAUCUGUGCAAUCAAAUCGGCGAUAAUCGCUAGAAAUUAAGUAUUGAGUAUUGAACGCAUCACCAUUUUUCUCAGUAAAUAUAUUUCUAAAGGUGCUGUUGACAUGAAAUCUUCUCCAGAUGUCGGUAACAAUCCAAUCCAUACAUACAAAGAAAGCAAAACAAAUAAGUUCAGAAAUUAAGUUCAGUGUAAUACAAUAUAAUAACAAAGGGAAAAAGUAUUGAACACAUGAGGAAAAGGAGGUGCAAAAAGGCAUGAUGGGUAAAAUCAAAGAGCUUUCUCAAAACAUACUGAUGGCAUUGGUUACAGAAGGAUUUUUAUACUUCUGGAUGUUCCAGUGAGCACUUUUGGGGCCAUAAUCCAAAAGUGGAAAGAACAUUAUUUCACCAUAAACCGGCCACGACCAGGUGCUUCUCGCAAGAUUUCUGACAGAGGAGUUAAUAGAAUGAUCAGAAGAGUUGUCCAAGAACCCAGGACCACUUGUGGAGAGCUUCAGAAAGACCUGCAAUUAGCAUGUACAAUUGUUUCAAAGAAAACAAUAAGUAAUGCACUUAUCCGCCGUGGCCUGUAUGGAUGCUCACCAUGCAAGACUUCAUUGCUGAAGAAAAAGCAUGUUGAAGCUCAUUUAAAUUUUGCUGCACAACAUUUAGACAAGCCUGUGAAAUACUGGCAGAAUAUAGUCUGGUCAGAUGAGACCAAAAUUGAACUCUUUGGAUGCCAUGAUACACACCAUGUUUGGAGGUCACAUGGCACUGCACAUCACCCCAAAACAUCACGGUGUAGUGCUGGCAAAAUUCAUAUAAAUGAAGGAAGGAUGAAUGUAAAAAUGUACCAAGACAUUCUUGAUAAAAAAUCUACUGCCAUCUGCCAGGAUGAUGAAGAUGAAAUGAGGGUAGACAUUUCAGCAAGACAAUGAUCCAAAACACACAGCCAAGGAAACUCUCAAAUGGUUUCAGGGAAAGAAAGUGAAGCUGCUAGAAUGGCCAAGCCAAUCACCUGACUUGAAUCUAAUCGAAAAUCUAUGGAAAGAACUAAGUUUAGAAGAACCUUCAGGAUUUGAAGACUGUUUGUGUUUGUGUGGAAGAAUGGGCCAAAAUCACAUCUGAGCAAUGUAUGCGACUAGUUUCUCCAUACAGGAGGCAUCUUGAAGCCAUCAUUACAAAUAUAGACUUUUGUAUGAAGUAGUAAAUACAUUUUAGUAAGCAUGUUCAAUAUUUUUUCCCUGGGUCAUUCCAUUCCAUAAUUUCUGAACAUUUUUGUAUUGUUUUCUUUGUAUGUAUGGAUUACUUGGUUUGUUACCGACAUCUGGUGAAAAUUCAUGUCAACAGCACCUUUAGAAAUAUAUUUACUGAGAAAAAUGCUGACGUGUUCAAUACUUAUUUUACCCGCUAUAUAUUUGUAUUAUGGUUUUGAACUUAUGUUAAACCGUUUUGAAAAGAGUAUGUAAUUGUGCAAAUUGGCCUGUUGGCACAUGAACAGAAUUAAUUUAAUUUGAAAUAAGUAGUUAUUGAAUGCAUUUUGUGCCACAGUUUAACACAGACAGGUCCACAGUUUAACACAGACAGUUGUUGUAUUCAAUGUGCGAAGAGUUUUAAAAAGUGACCCAAGUAUUGAGAAAUGUGUCCUGGUGAUUGUAAAAAAAAAUCUGUAAUACUGCAGCUGAACUUCUGUUACUGAAAUAACAUGUUUGAAUAAAUGUGUGUAAUAAAUCCUCA